UUUCAUACCUUGAUCUUUCUCACACCAGCUUGUUAUCUGAAUAUAAUGAUUUUAACUUUUCGUUAUCCUCUGUUCCCCUUGACAAAUUAAUUCUCGCUUCCUGCAAGUUGAAAAAAAUUCCUGAUUUCUUGAGAAACCAAUCCUAUUUAUUUUAUCUAGACCUUUCACACAACCAGAUCUUUGGAGAGAUGCCCAACUGGAUCUGGAAACUUCCUAAUCUUUCUUACUUAGAUCUCUCUUACAAUUUUCUAGUGACUUUGGAAGGACCUAUCCUCAAUGUUUCUCUUUUUAGCCUACAUCUUCGCUCCAAUCAACUCCAAGGGCAGCUCCCAAAUAUCCCGCAUGUUGAAUACUUGGAUUUCUCAGAGAAUAGUUUGGAUCCCUCCAUUCUAGCUAACAUCAGUUGGUCCCUUCCUUCCGUUAGAUCCAUUUUUCUUUCAAGUAAUAAAUUGAAUGGGAGCAUCCCUGGAUCAAUAUGCAAUGCUACAUAUUUUGAAGGUCUAGAUUUGUCUAAUAAUUUCUUCAGUGGCACAAUUCCCCAGUGCUUGAUUGAGAUGAGUGGUUCACUUAAUGUGAUAAAUCUAAGGAAAAACAACCUCAUUGGCAUAAUUCCCGAUGCAUUUCCAGAUAAUUGUGGUUUACAAACUUUAUCUCUCAAUAAAAACCAACUAGAAGGAGGGUUACCAAAAUCUUUGGCCAAUUGCAUUGGGUUGGAGGUCUUGGACAUUGGGAACAACCACAUCGAGGGUACGUUCCCAAUUUACUUGAAGAACACAUCCUGGUUGAGCGUUCUUGUUUUGCGAUCUAACAAAUUUUACGGAUCCAUUACUCAUCUAGAACUUAAUGUCACUUGGCCAUGGCUUCAAAUUGUAGACAUAGCUUCAAAUAAUUUUACUGGUAACCUUCCAAUAAUACUUCUUUUGUCUUGGACAUCAAUGAUGGAUCGUGGGCAUGGGGUGGGCGUGGGGAGUAAUUACCUUGCAUAUAUCGGUAAUUUUUCUUAUCAAGAUACGGUAACAAUUAUUAGCAAGGGUUUAGAGAUGGAGCUGGUGAAGAUUCCAACUAUCCUCACCACCCUUGACUUCUCUUGUAACUACUUUGAUGGUCCUAUACCUGAAGAAAUUGGAGAACUCACACUGUUACAUACUCUCAACCUGUCGCAUAAUGCUUUCACAAGCGAAAUUCCACCAUCUUUGGGAAAAUUGAGUCAUCUUGAGUCACUAGACCUAUCAAACAACGAGCUUUCUGGUGAGAUUCCCGUGCAACUCGCCAAUGGUCUGAUUUUUCUGUCGGUCCUUAACCUUUCAUUCAACCAAUUGGUGGGACAGAUUCCAUUGAUGAAGCAAUUUAAUACAUUUUCGGCAACUUCCUUCGAAGGAAAUGAAAGAUUAUGUGGUUUGCCUUUGAAAACACAAUGCACAUAUGAGGAUCCACGAUUGCCACCUCCAACAUAUGAAGAAAAUCAUAAGAGUAUGAUUGAGUGGAAUUACAUAAGUGCUGAAUUGGGAUUUGUUUUUGGCUUUGGAAUUGUAAUUGCCCCCCUUAUGUUUUGGAGGAGGUGGAGAAUAUGGUACUAUAAACAUGUUGAUGACAUUAUGUUUAGGAUCUUCCCUCAACUGUGUCUUAGAAAAGAACAUCAUCAAAGACAGGCAUUCAGAAAUCAAGAGCCGAGGCACUAGUUAUGGUUAUGAGGCGCGACACCUCCAGAGAUAUGUUGCUCCAAGUUUACUCUGAAAGGUGUUUGUUGAAGUCCAUAAGGUCUCUCUGAUGGGGUUAAAUAAUUCACAGUACUUUUGUUAUACCGUUAAUAAAGAUAAUUACCAGUGUACCUUUCCAUAUAUAGACAUGUUACAUGUACCUC